AUGUUUGACUCUUGCGUCGCGACAUUUGUGCUUUUUGGUACUCUACUGAUUAAUGCUCGGGGUCAUAUUCUGCAAAACUCCGAAAAAACCCAAGGUUGGUUGUUUCGUCUCAAAACUCUGAACGCUCAUUUAUCUGAUUGUUCUCAGUAGUCAUUGGAAUUCAAAAUGAUAAUUUGUUGCUCACAACCAGAUUUUCUUUUUGUUACACAGCACACUCGAGAAAAUCUUGAAACUUACUGCCUCAUUAUGCAAGCAUACAUUAUAUUUAAGACAUCUAUAACACUCCUAAGACUACUUCGCAGUAAAAGAUUUCAACCAAGAAUUGUCUGUGUGAUUCAAACAGAAUUUUUAUUCGGCAAUCUCGAGUCUUCGAAUUCUCAAUGAACUGAACUGAGAGAAAACAAUGAUCAGAAACGUAAGGAGAAGGGAACGAAUGGAAGGGAAAACAUUUGAAGUAUAUGUAUUAACUUUUCUUGAUAUUUCUUCUUCAAGACAAUUCCACGCAAACUCAGGCAAAUCAGACUCAGACGCCUAAGUCAGCUUUCGCAAUGAUCAUGGAAGCGAACGGCAUACAAGGAAAGAGCAGAGGUGAGUGAGAGACUCUCAAAUUUAUUUAUAAUGGUAAUAGGACCGAGCGGUGUCCAAUUCGGUCUGUGAUCAUACGAGUGAUCAACAAAAUCGGACGACCGCGAAGCGGGAGUCCGAUUUGUUAAGGACGAGUAUGAUUACAGAAUUGGACGACACGAAGUCCCGUUACCAAUUAAUCAUAACCAUUACAAGUUCCAAAAAAAUAAACAACAAAUACAUUUAGGACAAACAUCUCCAGUAAGGACAAUGUCUAACGCGAAAUACUUGGAAAUUUCCCUGAUUUUUUUUAUAGGGUAAGUGGUUGUUGCUAAGGUUAUUGUGAUCAAUUCUGUGAUUGGUGGAUUUAGCUGAGUGGAUUUAGUAUGAUUGGCUGCUUCAACUGUCCGGUUUUAGGUGUCAAAUUACAGCAAACUGUCUGAUUACACUGUCCUAUUACAAAUGUACAAAGUGAUUAGUGAAAUAUAAUGCAGCUGAUGCACCAAUCACAUUUUGGGAAAUUGUAAUGGUUAUGAUUAUAAUUGUUAGAAUCUCUCUAAUAGUCAUUAAUCACUUAUUGUGGUUCAAAUUGGGAGAAUUAGAUCAUAAUUCAAGUGAGGGAAACAGAAGCAAGUUCAUUUAAAAAUAAUCUGUGAUCUAACUUGUCACUCAUAUCAGACGGAUACGAGCUUUUUCAAGGAGAUAUCCUGAUGACAGAAGAUAUACGUGACGAAUUGCGUGACAUGGGCCUAUUCCCACCGCGUGACAGCCCAACCAGUCCAUCAAGGCGUAAACGAGCUGCCAUUUCAAACAUUGCACGAAGAUGGAUUGGAAGCAAUAACAAGCCAGAGAUCCCCUACCAACUUGAAUCCAGCGUUCGUAAGUAAAACGUAAAAUUUUCAGCGACCAGUUUUUGUUUGUUUGUUUCGUUUUUUAGCAAAGUACCUUUUUGUAAAUGUUGACUUUUUCUUCCUGUUUCUCUCACCCACUCCUCGCGCUUCGUAAUCUCAAUCUUCUCUUCUGGCAUCCAGGUCACGCUCACCGGGUAAUCAAACAAGGGAUAGAUCACUGGGUCCGACACGUGCCAUGCCUGCGUUUCGUCCAGCGAACGAAUCAGCGAUCUUACAUCAGCUUUUUUGCCGGUGGAGGGUGAGCAGAACGGUCUAGUAAAAGACAAAUUGUUUCCUUUCAAUUGAGAAUCUUUUUCUGAACCGAAAUAAUAUGAUAAAAUAACGUUACAUUUCAGUUGUUUUUCGCACGUUGGAAGGCAAGGAGGUGCCCAGCGGAUUUCCAUAGCACGCGCAUGUGAACACCUACAUAUCGUCGUCCACGAAAUUGGUAAGAGAUCUCUAAGCUACUUGAACUCUUGAAUUUUUUUUAUUCCACAAUUAAUAGCUCAGUUCGCAAACAGAUUCGACAUAUUAUACCUCUGUGGUAACUAUGUCCUCUUCUCGCUCCAGGUCAUGCUCUCGGAUUCUGGCACGAGCAGUCUCGGCCCGACCGAGACAGCUACGUAAACAUCUACUGGAAUAAUAUUUACCCUCGUAAGUAAAACAAACGUGAAUGUCAAGUUGGAUUAAUCAUGUGAGAAGAUCUGAAAGGAAGGAAGACAAAUCGAAAGAAUUCUUAUGUGUGGCUUUGCAGAAGCAGAGUGUUGAAAGAAUAAUGUCACCUCCCCGGCUGGGAUGCUAGCAGGUCAUUCCUUCCCCCCCCCCCCCCUCUUUCAUACAACGCUACUCGAGAGAGUGUUAAGAGAUAUCCCUUUUAAUGGCCUCGAAGAAGCUUGAUUCCACAAUAAGACAAGGUAGGAAGGGUUCCUGGACUUCGGCGCAAUUAUUUUCUACUUUACCUAUCCUUCCAAGUGAAUUAAUGCCAAUGAGCUUUAUCUGUUCUUUUUGUUUAGAAUUUAGGUAUGCCUUUCACAAAUACGCAGACGGGAGAAUUAACAGUCUUGGUAUCUCGUAUGAUUACGACAGUGUGAUGCAUUACGAUUCCCGCGCUUUCAGCAUGAACGGCCGAACCACCAUCGCGCGGAAAAACGGCGAUACACGGCUCGGAAAUACUCGGGGACUGAGUCGGAGGGAUAUCGAGCAAGCUAAGUUACUCUACUGCAGAACUAAGUCAACUGACGAGCCACCGAGUGUAAGGCCUACAACUAAGUCACCUACAGGUGAGACUGUUUUGUUUCAUAAAUAUGUUAUUUCGUAGCUGUUAACGGAAUCAACAACAACCACUUCGCGGUAGACACCGCACCUUAGUACGGGAGAAUACCUUAUUGUUGACUGAUCUGUAAUCAUACUUUUCUGGGCAUAAAAGGAAAUAAGAAGUUAACGAUAUCCCAAAACCACACCGGACACUGAAUGAGGGAGUGGGUGCGUAUUUUAGGGGAGGUGCUGAUUGGAGGAUUUAGGGUGAGUCUUUGAUUAACAAGUCCUAAUUAUAUUUCAGGUUGUCGUUACUCAGACAAGCACAGGUUUUGCGCUUAUUGGGCGUCACAAGGAUUCUGUAAAAGAGGACACACGGAUUACAUGAACGAGAACUGCCAGAAAAGUUGUCUUUGUGUGAAAGGUGAAUAGAGAAGUCAUCGGUUUCAUUGCCGUUGCCUCUUCCCUGGAAACGAAUACGUUUUUGUUUCGUUUUGCUUUUUCCUAUUUAAUGCCAUACACUACUUACAAUGUAUGUUAUAUACAUUUGUAUAUUUUGAAUUUCUUUUUGAGAAGGGGUGAACAGAAGUGAGUUCGUCCUCAGGGUCUCUUUUCCCCACUCCUCGAGAAGGGAAAUAAAGAUCGAAGAGUAUGGGAACUAGAUUCGGAGUCAAAGGGAUGAGCAAGUGGAUACACGAAUGUGGAAAACGUUGGUAGCCCUCCUUUCCCCCCUUUUAUUUUCUCAAAGUUGAUUGGAUUCCUGAUAAUUAUUUUUUUAAAGGUGUUUGCGUGGACAAAGAGGAAGACUGUCGUUCAUGGGCAGCCAGUGGAUACUGUCGUCACUCGUACAAAGAUUACAUGGAAAAAAAUUGCAAAAAAAGUUGUAGAAUUUGCUGAGGGUUGUCUUAGUAGUUCUCUUCGAAUUCACCAAC